AUUAACCUCUUAUAAAAUUUUUAAUUCUUGUUUUUAAUUUGGGUAAUUGUUUAGAAAUUAAAAGAUAUAAAAAUAACCAAACAAUAUAAACAAAAACUUGUAAUGUUUUGAUAAUAAUUUGACAUUUCAAUUUAAAUGCCUCGACAAAUGUGAAUUAACAAUUGAAAUAAGAGAUUCAGAUUAGCAGAUUCAGUUAGCGAUUGCUGGGAGUCAGUUUUUUUAAACGCAAGUUAUUUAACAAUAUCGAUAACAUCAGGUGCUGAAGAUGAGCAGGAACAUCAAGGAUGGGCCACGAGGAAGAGGCGGUAUCAGUGACAACCCGUCAAGAAAUUCGCGAGUAUCCAGAAACACUAACGAAGAAGUCCAGCGAGCUAUUGAAGGCCUCAAAGACAUGCCUGAUGAUGAGCUACAGGAGUUUCUUGAUGAAGAUUUUAUGGAAGGACUUAAUGUAGUUGAUGCUUGGGAUGGCGAAGAAGAAAUUGCUGAGGAUUUUCAUAGUAGGGACAACAGAGAUAGAGAUCAUAGAAGAAGUUCUAGGGAUCGUAAUCGUCGAGAUUACCGAGACGCAGGACGCAAUCGAGAUAACCGGGACCGAGAUCGUGGAAAACGGGACGAGAGAAGACGUGAAGAUAGACGGGAUCCGUCAAAGAGUUCUCAAGACAUUGAACGAGACAAGAUUCGCACCAAGAGGGUCAAUGAAAGUAAAAUACUGGCAGAGAAAGAGAAGGCCAUCAAGCAUCUGUUGGAUUCAGGUACUGUUGUACCACCAGGAACAGAAGUAGAAAUUAUUGAGAAUGAAAAGCAGAUGGAUCGUGAACGUGAUAGAGACCAUGAUCGCGAGCAACGAUCUCACAGGAGCAGAGACCGUCGCCGUAGUCUGGAUCGUCACAGAAUCAGCCCAACCCGGCGAAGAAGCCACGACAGGAUUAGAUUGAGUCCAGUGCGUAGAUCAAGAAGUCCGAUUAGUAUUAACAGAAGAAGCUCGGAUCGUCAUAGAAAACCUAGCUGGGAACGCCAUGGAAGCUUGGAACGCCGGGAGAGACGUACAAGUGUCGAUCGUAGUCGUCGACGUCCGGAAGAACGUGACGUAAGGAUCGUAGGCAGACGAAGUAGAUCAAGAGAUCGUCUGCGUAGUCGCAGUCAGGAUCGCUUUCGUCGACGAUGGAGCCGUUCGCCGGUAGGAAGACGCACCAGUCCUAGACGCCGAUCCGUCAGCAAAUCACCAGACCACCGUAGAAAGCGUACGCCGUUUAUUGACGAGCUAGCUCGACAAUUUCGGGAUAAUCCUAUCUUACCUGCGGAAUCAAUAAAUCCAGGAUACAUGCAUCAGUCUAUGCGAGGAAUUCAGCCACAGCAACAGCCACCAUCACUACUGGGACCAGGACCAGUACACUCUCAAAUGUCUGGACUUCCUCAGCACUACAUGCCUCUGCAAGAAUCUCUUCCAUCAAUGAACGCUGGACCAUCAGGACCUCCAUCGUACAUGCCAUACGAAUCUUUAGCUACUGCAGGAUCUUCUAUGAAUUUCGAACCACUACCUAUGCACGCUAUUUCCCAACCUGAUUACACAACUGGUCCUGUGGUGUACAACCAAUCCAAUCCUAUUCCAAUGCACGGAACCCCUUCACGUUCAGGUUUCGGGCAAAUUCUUUCGCGAUCACCGCAACCAGUUCCAGCACCACCGACAGAGCAAUCAAUAAUGGAAUCAAUAUUUCAUCAGCAAGUUUCAACACAGAUACAGGCAUCACCUUCACCACAACCAGAACGGAUGUUCAACUCAGGACAUCACAUGUAUUCAGAACGAUCUUCUUCAGCCUACAAUGGAGGACACUCCUCAUCACGACGUGAUCGUUUGAAGACACCCGAGCCACCUGUUAUCUCCAAAUCAAAACAGUUUGAAAAGACCAGUUUGUCCAGUCUGUUGGAAGCUUCAGUAUCUGCGAAAGAUACGAGUCAUCCAGUCUUAUAUCCAGGAUUCAAACCUGACAUUUUACGUCACUGUGAGAUGGCCCUAAGGGAAUUACCCGACGAGGAUCCACGUUUAAAAAUCAAAGGUCGUUUCUUUUUUGAUCCAACUAAAAAUGAACCACUCAAUGAAUCAGUUGAAUUGAAAUCAAAUUCAAUUUUAUUGCAAAAACCAUCAAUUAAACAAUUGUGGCAAGAAAUUAAAGAAACUCGUUUGGAAGAAAUAAAACCGGCUGUAGAAGUCCAUCAAAAGUAUUGUCAAACAGACUCAAAAGAAUUUGUAGAACAAUGCACACAAACAGAAGUAGAAAUGGUUGAUUUUAGUGUGCAAGUACAUCCCGGUGAAUUGCAGCCACCACUGCGUGAAGAAAAAAGGCCAAUCAUGGAUCGUUUGGAUUGGAAUGUACGUGAGACAUAUGAUUACAAUUCAAAGGCACGUGAAGUCAAUGAUCUACGAUGGAGUCUAAGUAAUUCAUCACAGAAGAGAUCAUGGAAUACUCGCGGAGUAUCACCAUCAUCACAGGAUCAAGAUGAUCGCAUUAUGCUGAGUCCCGGACAUCUUUCCCACCUGGAUCAUGACGCAAGAGAAUAUCAUCAUCGAGUACCAUCGCCAUUGCGACGUGCUGACAAUUAUUCACUAAAUCGUGGUCCAACUCGUCGCAGUUUUUCACCACAUGAACGUCAUUUUUCUCCGGACUAUCGACAUGACAUUGAACGACAGGAUAAUUAUCAUGAAAGCAGAAGUGAACGUAGCCAUGAACCCAGUCCUAUUGUCAUUGAUGAUCCUGAUGAGAUUGAAAUUAUCGAACAAGAAACUUUUUCUUCCCAUGAUCCCAAUUGGCGUGGACGUAAUAGCAAAUCAUUUGGGCAGACAGCAACUCCUGUACAUAAAUCUCGUUCAGUGAGAGGUAAACACUCGAGUGGAAGAUCAUUUCGUGGACGAGGAAGUAGUAGCUAUCGUGGAAAAUAUUAAUCAAUUAAAUAAUAAUUAUUAUCAACUAUUAUAUUAUUUUACAUUAAAUUUAUCCGGUCAUUUAUGUCAAACGAUAACGUAUCAGCUACGUUUGUCAAUUAUUUGAACAAACUAGUGUUUGUUACAGAGCAAAGAAAAAAAAACAAA